CAGUUAUUAUCUACUCACCCAUGGUAAUGACUUUCAAUAGAGCCAAAUAGGUUAUCACUAUCUCAACAGCACAAAAAUAUUGAUCAUUUUGACCUAUACAGUCUGUAAUCAGCCUUUCCUAGAUAAAUAUAUUCGAAUAAUUAUCUGACUUGUGUCAUACGAUUUGGGCUUGUGAGUAAAUAGUGAUCAUGAAUAAGUUCGUCCUGAUUUGUAUUUUUGUCACGUUGGUCUCGGCUAGACCAGCAGAGAAAAAAUGGGAAGCAAAACUGCACAAAAUCCACGACGAAUGUCAACUGACCGCUCCUACUCGCUCACCAGAGGAGGUGACCCUAACCCUCGACAUAGCUCGUGUGAAGGCGCUCUCCCUGUGUAUCAACGUCAAAUCGGGCAUCCAGAAUGAACAAGGAGACAUCGAUAGAGCCGCCCUGGGGAGCCUCUUGGGGCAAGAUCCCCAGGCAGAGGAGAUUGUUAAGCAGUGUGGUGACCGCAAGGGAGACACACCGCCUGAUGCUGCAUACAGAUUAUUUCAGUGCUUGGUAGAUUAUAUGUCCGUCAGUCAACCGAAAUAAGCAAAGGGAACCCUAGUACUCAAUAUUCCUAGAUUUUCAUCAAAUUCUGGGAAAUAGGAAAUAAUCAGAAAGUGAUUUCUUGUUAUACCUACUCUAGAUAAAAAGUAAACAUGUGUCAUGAGUU